GCCGGUAUUCUCAGCGUUGUGACCUGUGGAGUAGUGGAUACCUCUGUGCGUGCAACUGUUCAUUUCUUACCGGUACUGUGCUACUUUUAAGGAGUUUUAAAGUUACUAACUCGCUUCAAAAGGAUCCAAGAUGAGUAUGUCGAUCGGAAAAGGUGAUCACUAUCGAAUCGCGGCCGGCUGGUGAGACGAUUUGGUACCAAGAAGAGAUACAAGUAGUUGGAGAGAACGAUAGGGAUGAUGCCAUGUAGCCUUACCCACACCUGGCCAUGAUGUGAUGGAGUGGGGGGGCAGGGGGGGCAUGGCUGCUGCUGAUCAUGUGGACAUGUCUCCUGGCCACUGUGCUCAUGCUGCCUUUCGUCUCCUGCGGCCCUCGGUACAGUUCUCGCAUUGUAGAUACGCAGUCCGGAGCCAUCCGUGGGAUAAUCCACGAAUUGAACUCGCGUCACUUGGAGCCUGUGGAGUUAUUCCUCGGUGUACCGUACGCGGCUCCUCCCGGCAGACUGCGGCCGCCCGCCGCUCCGCCCCCCUGGACCGGCACCCGACUGGCGGACUCCCUGCCGCCCGUCUGUCCGCAGCGCUACCCCGACAUCAGCAACUUGACCGCCGCUCUACAGCACAUGCCACGGGACCGCUACCAACACCUACGCCGUCUCAUCCCGCUGCUAGCCAACCAGAGCGAGGAUUGCUUACACCUCAACAUUUACGUUCCUGGCAGUGGAAAUCGAGGUGUAGAUGCUCCCUACGCUAUCCUGGUAUUUGUGCACGGCGAAUCUUACGAAUGGAACUCCGGCAACGUUUAUGACGGCAGCGUGUUGGCCAGUCAUGGCCACGUGAUCGUCGUCACCGUCAACUACAGACUGGGUCUACUAGGAUUUUUAAAAACACAUCCCAGCACACACUCCAACGAUUGCUGCUUAGCUCUACGCGAUAUAGAAGCGGCGCUGAAGUGGCUCCAAAUAAACAUCGCCUCCUUCGGCGGUGACCCUGGCCGUGUGACCCUGGUGGGCCACGACACGGGCGCUGCCCUUGUCAACAUCCUCAUGUCCUUCGAAUCGGCGAAUGGACUUUUUCACAGAGCCUCAUUUCUAUCAGGCUCCAUGCUCAGCCCGUGGGCGGUAGUUGCAAGCCCAGACUCAACACGGGCUCAGGUCGCUUCCUACCUCAACUGUCCUACCAAGCACGACUUGGUGUCCUGUGUCAAGGAUCUUCCUCUAUCAAAGUUACUCGGAGUGGAUUUCUCGCCCCCAAGGUUCCUCCCACGGUACGGUCCUUGGUUGGUCAAUGAACCUUCCUACGUCAUAGAACACACCGGUAACCUCUUUGUCAAGACUCCACUACUGCUCGGCAUCACAACCACUGAGAGCUAUCUAGAUAUGAAUGAGGAAGAUAUUCAAUACGGUUUCGAAGAAGACCAGCGGAAUAGAAUUUUGAGAACCUAUGUGAGGAACGCCUACGUGUAUCAUUUGAACGAGAUUUUCUCCACGGUUCGAAACGAGUAUACGGACUGGGACAAGCCGAUCGUCCACCCGAUCAACGUGCGAGACUCCACCCUGGAGGCGCUGAGUGACGGUCACACGGUGUCACCCCUGCUCAAGGUCGCACUGCUGCACUCUCGCAGAGGGGCCAGCACGCAUCUCUUCCACUUUAACUACCAACCAAAGGACACCGAUUACCACGAGAGACUAGGAAGUGUAAGAGGCGAGGAUCUAUCUUAUGUGUUGGGUCAGCCACUUGUAGGCGGACAUCCGUACUUCCCGCACAACUACAGCCGUCAAGACAUGGCGGUCUCUGAGACUCUCGUUAACUUUUUCACCAAUUUUGCAAAGACUGGAAAUCCAAAUGAGCCCCGCCACCAUCACACAUCUAGCAAAGAAAAACCCCACCACAGAGGCCUUACAUGGGAACCAUAUGAGCCUAACAGUCAGCUGUAUUUAAGUAUUGGAGUGAAGUCGCGCAUGAAGAGUCACUAUCGCGGACACAAGAUGGCUAUAUGGCUGAAUCUGAUACCUCAACUACAUCAGCCCGGGGACCAGGACGUGAGCAUGCGCCACCAUCACUUUCACGAGAGAGAGAAUCACUAUUAUGCUGGAUCUGUGCGGGCAGAGGCAAGUACGCGAAUCCCAGAUCCGGUGUCCCUGACUACUCCGGUGACUGCACCUGUGGUGGAGUGUGAGCCCAACAGCACGGCCACAGAAGCGGAGCCCCAGCCGAGUACAGAAGAGGAGGAAGCACUUCGACAUUACACCAGUUACACUGCAGCUCUCGGUGUCACUGUGGGUGUGGGCUGCCUCCUUGUUUUGCUCAAUUUGCUUCUAUUUGCAGGAAUAUUUUACCAACGAGAUCGGCAGCGCCAGCGGAAAGAAGCUAAGGAGGAUCCUGAUGACACCAUAUCGUUGGACACGUACAGCAAGAAAAGUCCAACCAUCCCCGAUCCACCUCCACCCCCCAGGCACCCAGGUCCUAUGCCACCCCCUCGUACAUGCAGCAGCAGCACAGGCACUGUGAAGAAACGUGUUCAGAUACAAGAGAUAUCGGUGUGAUGGUGUUUUUAUAUAUUUUCAUUAUACAUCGGUCCUGCUAAUAUACGUCCUAAGACAAUGUUCCUCGUAAGGAUAACAAUGGAAAUUUGCACUGUCCCUUUUAGUACUUAAGUUUCUUGAAAUAAUAUUUGGACUUUAAACAUUUUGGGAAGUGUUACAAUUGACAGUUUAGUUUGAUCAAAAUAUUAAGUUUUGUUGUCAAAGAUGUGUUGUUGUGUAAACAUUAUUAAAUACUUGUAUAAUUUAUUCGUUAUUUAACUAAAUUACAUAUGUAAUAUGUUUUUAUUAUAAAUAUAAUAGUACAGGUCCAAUAAAACCAAUUUUUUGAUGGAUCUAGAAUAAUUUUUUGGAUCACAAAUACUCCAUACGAAAUUAAAUUAUGUUUUCGAAACGGAUAAUAAAUUGUAAAUAUUGAAAACUAAAUAAAAUAUAUAUCUAUUUCAAUUAAAUAACAUUGUUUCAUUUAUCUCAGAAGCGUGUAUUUCUGUUGUUACUUCGAGUAUUUUUGUGCAUUUCUCCUUUUAAAACUGCAUUUAUAUGUCACGGAACGGUUUAAUACUGCGGAUUCCCGAUGCAUACCUCACUGUAUACUUAAUGUUUCAAAAACCCUUUUUGUCAUUGUAUACUUUUCCUGGAUUAUAAUAUAUUCCUAUUAUCCUUACAGCCUUGAGAGGGCAUUAAUAAAAGGGUAAUUUUUAGUUAAAAAUGUUGUACUAUAGUAUUUCAUUAAAAGCAAUUGGCAAUGACAAAUAUUUAACCUUAUGACGUUUACAUUUGAGUUACAAUAAUACUAAUUUAUAUAUGUGUAUUUACUGUAAAAAGAAUUUGUCCUUUAGUAUCCUAAAGGUAUUGUUACAUUUUAGUUAUGAAAAACUAAUUAAAAUCAUUCUUGUACAAAAGUCGAGUGUAGAGGAAGUUAGCACAAAAACCUUGUAUUGUAUAUUUUUAAAGAGCAUUUAUAAACCAGGGUUAAACGUAACAACUAAUUGUAUGUACAUAAUGAAAUACACUACGAUAUUAUUUUGUAA